UAAAGAUUAUUUUUAAGUCCAAACUGUGGAAAAGGAAGUCUUGAAGGAAAGAAGAACUACAAGUACCCUUUUCCUACUAAAAUCUAUAACUAAAAACAAGAAAACACACGAAAAUGGCAGAGGAAGCUGAGAAAUUGCGGUUAGAUGAAGUAGAAGUGGGCGAUGAUGGACCUGAAGAAGGAGAAAUUGUGGGGGAAUCAGAUGAUACGGCGUCGUAUUUGGGAAAAGAAAUCAAAGCUAAGCACCCGUUAGAGAAUUCUUGGACUUUUUGGUUUGAUAAUCCUAUGGCUAAAUCUAGACAAGCUGCUUGGGGCAGUUCCCUUCGCGAUAUUUACACUUUUUCCACUGUCGAAGAUUUUUGGGGUGUUUACAAUAAUAUCAACCACCCAAGCAAGUUAGUUGCGGGAGCAGACUUACAUUGUUUUAAGCAUAAAAUCGAGCCAAAGUGGGAAGAUCCUGUAUGUGCCAAUGGAGGGAAGUGGACAAUGAGCUUUAGUAAGGGUAAAUCUGAUACCAGCUGGCUAUACACGCUGCUGGCAAUGAUUGGACAUCAAUUCGAUCACGGAGAUGAAAUUUGUGGAGCAGUCGUUAGUGUCCGAGGUAAGGGAGAAAAAAUAGCUUUAUGGACCAAGAAUGCUGCAGAUGAAACAGCCCAGGCUAGCAUUGGUAAGCAAUGGAAGGAGUUUCUAGAUUACAGCGACUCGAUUGGCUUCAUAUUUCAUGACGACGCAAAGAGGCUCGACAGAGGUGCCAAGAAUCGUUAUACAGUAUAGUUUUCUUGCUACAAUGGGGGAAUGCAAGAAACAGAAUCUGGACUGGAAAGUUUAUAGGCACUAGCUUUGUUUGUACAAUCAUCUAUACAUUUGAUAUGCUGCCAGUUUGAGUACCUCUUGUAUUAGUGUUUGUACUUCUAAUUGAAGAAAUUUGUUUGGUUUUGAAUUAGUGCCUUCAGAAUAACCUUUAGUCCUGCCUCCUUUCCUUUUUUCUUAAAGAAUAAAAUCUAAGUUGACCUGUUUCGUUUU